UUCUUUCUGUUUUCAGUAUUGGCUGUGUUUAAUUGGGAAAUAAAUAGGGGUUGUUAUUUGCUAUAUUUUCAUAUAAAACCUAAUUUUGUUUUAUCAUAUUAGUUUCAUUAUGAAUUUCAAAUUGCUAUUGCACUUUAUUUUAUACUAAAUUGAUGUUUGGUAGAAGCCUUGGUGAAAAAAUAUUGGUUUUUGCGUCAUGCUUGCCUGCUGAGGUAACAAAGAGAAAGAGAAUUUGAAAUAUGAAUUUUUGGCUUCUUUUCUCUUUAGGAAAGACUUUAGAAAGGACAGCUUUCAUCUUUCUAAGGAAAGACUUUAGAAAGGACAGCUUUCAUCUUUCUAAGGUCUAUAAAAAUGGAAAAGCAUAGGAUUGAAGUGUACAAUUCUUUCUGUUUUCAGUGUUGGCUGUGUUUAAUUGGGAAAUAAACAGGGGUUGUUAUUUGCUAUAUCUUCAUAUAAAACCUAAUUUUGUUUUACCAUAUUAGUUUCAUUAUGAAUUUCAAAUUGCUAUUGCACUUUAUUUUAUACUAAAUUGAUGUUUGGUAGAAGCCUUGGUGAAAAAUAUUUGUUUUUGCGUCAUUGUUGCUUGCUGAGGUAACAAAAUGAAGGAGAAUUUGAAAUUUGAAUUUUUGGUUUCUUUUCUCUUCAGGAAAGACUUCAAAAAGGACAGGAAACUUCCUCCUGCUUACACUGGUCGAGGAUGUCGAGUUUGUAAUACUCCACAGUCUGAAUCAAUGAUUUGGUAUCAUUUGAAGACCAUAGUACAAGAUGAGACUAGCUCAACUACUUUUAUUAUCUUUGGUACAAAAGGUGAAAAACUACUUGGAAUAUCAGUUAAUAAUUUAAUUGCAUCAGUAGCAGUGGAUCCUAAAGUACUUCAUCCAGUGAUGGAGAGAUUUUGUGAGAAAAGGGUUAAAAACUUUUUUCAUAUGACAGUUAAACAUAAUGAAUAUGAGGAGGAUGCUUUGGAAGACAACCUAUUUGUUGGGAAGGGCAAAGCAACAUCUGUAAAACUAAUUUUAAGUAGUGGCCUAAAUCAUGAGGAAGUUGGUAGUAUCACUUCUCUUAAGGGAAAAGAAAUAUUGAGAGAGUUUGAAGAACUAAAUGAGAAACACAGUGUGCCUCCUAUUGUUUUAGGAGUUGAUCAAGUUAAAUCUGUCGUUUUAGAAAUGGUUAUGCAGAGCAGAAAAGGGUUGCAGCUGGAUGAUUUGCAUGAAAAUAAUAACAAGGAGUUUAGCAAUCAAUCAUCUGAGAUUUAUAAUGCAUCUAUUACUAAUGACUAUCAAGAAAAGAUGGAAAGGGAAAAUGAGAAGUAAGAAUCAAGUGUUGACCUAUUCGACAGCAUCAAUGAAGAUAAUUUGACAUCAACAAAGGAACUGGUAACGUUGACCGAUAGCAAUUGUGAGAAACAAACAGGAAUUGAAGAAGAAAGAAUUAAAAAAAAUGAUGCAAAAAAUGUACAAAGAGAUGAUAUCAACCAAUACUAGAAAAAA